AUGUUUUCUCAAAAUCGCGAUUCAAUAAUAAAGCAUUCAAAUAGUUCUUCGUCGCUAAAUGCGCGUAUACGAAAGAGAAAGUAUAGUAACUUAAGCAACAAUCCAUUGUCGAGUUCUACAAAAUAUAAUGAUACCAUAACAACGGCGUCUGAUGAUAACAAUCACCAACAAUCACACCAGAGAAAUGGAUUCAAUAUUGCAUCGAUAUGUUCCAAAGCCUGGGGUUAUUUAAAAAGUACUAUUGAUCCUUAUCUUCAAAUUAGAGGAGCUGAUGAUGAAUACAAAAAGUUGCAUCCAACAGAGCGGGCUCCUAAAAGAUUUAAGAAGAAUGAUACAACGCUGAAAGAAUCGACAAAUCAUUUAAUGCUCACAAAUACGCCAAAGAAUAAAAUAGUUAAUGAAAAUCAGCGAACCCCAGUGUUGUCGUUAGAGAACAGAGAUUAUGAUUUCACGGGAUUUGAAGCCAAGUCUGCAAAACUAAACCAAGAAAUGUUUUUCAGCGAUAAUCUAUUUAGUCUCGAAAGUGACAUUAAAAGUAUAAUGAAGGAAAAUAAGAAAGAGAAACAGCAAAAUAAACUAUAUGGUAGUAGUUUCACCUUCAAAAGGAAAUUUAACAGAAAGAAGAGCAGAGAUGUUAUCGCGGACUCACAGAAUUAUACUGAUGUUAGUUCAAUCAAUCAAUCUUUCAAUCCUAUACUACCAAAAUCAAUGACCAAUAUUUCAAUCAAUUAUGAGUCGAGUCCUAAUAAUUCAAUGUUGUUCGAUGAUGAUUUACGUAUCAUCAAAGUUAGGAAAAUCCCAAAAAGCUCACGUUUAUCAAAGAAUUCAAUUUUCCAAAGGACUGAUGAGGAUGUGGAAUCGUUAAUGGUAUUAUCGAAAUACAAGACAUACUAUAAAAUAUUGAACGAAAAGAGAAAAUUACAAGAGAAUCUUUAUAAGCAGCGUGAUUUUGUGGAAGGAAAGGAAAUUAUUCAGCCAUUGAAAGAGAAUGAAUUGAAGAAGGUUGAAGAAAUUUGGAAACUAGAAAGAUCCCAACCUGGUGUGCAGAUUGUGUCCUUGGCCAACAUUGAUAUUUCGGUUCGUGAUUUGAGCACACUCAAAGAUCGCCAGUGGCUUAAUGACAAUAUCAUGGAUUCUUACCUAUCAAUGGUGGUUGAAAGAUCAAAAAAAUCUACUGAUUUGCCAAAUAUUUUCGUGUUUACUACGCACUUCUAUACCACUUUAUCGGGCAAAGGUUAUAGUGGUGUUAAACGAUGGGCAAAAAGAAAGAAGAUUGAUGUGACGAAGCUUGAUUAUGUUUUCGUUCCUAUUAAUGUGAUGAAUUCACAUUGGUCAUUGGCGGUGGUGAAUAAUAAACAUAAAAAAUUCCAAUAUUUUGACUCUUUGCCAGGAUCAGGACAAUCAAUAUUGAUGGAUUUACAAGAUUAUAUGACCGAAGAAUCGAAAAGAUUAUAUCCAAAUGAUGAACCCAUAGAUUAUGAGAAUGUUUACGAAUUUGUCGCCAAAGAAAAAUUUCCCCAACAGAAAAAUGGGUUCGAUUGUGGAGUUUUCGCUUGUACAGGAAUAAAUUUCUUGAGUAAAGAAGGUGAUUUAAAAUUCAGUCAAAAUGACAUGCCAAUAAUUAGAAGAAAAAUGGCUUAUGAAAUUAUCACCAGCCAUCUAAAAGAUUGA